UCACUGUCUCCUUGUGCGUCGUCUCAACUUCACUCUCUCUCUCUCUCUCUCUCUCAACCAAAGACCUUUUUUUGAACGUCUAUCGUUGAAAAUGUCACUGGAAAACGAGUUUUUGUUCUUCAUUCCCAGGAUGUUUCAUUCAUCCACUAUUAGCUACGAAGCUCUUCUUUGCUUCAUGCUUUUCAUGGCCAUCUUAGCUUUCUGGUUGGCUCCAGGUGGGCUAGCGUGGGGUCUCUCCAAGUCCAAAACUCCCUCUUUCAUUCCUGGUCCACCAGGGUUCCCAUUCACUGGCUUACUCACUGUUUUCACUGGGCUAACCCCGCACCGAGUUCUUGCCAACCUUGCACAUAGCUUCAAGGCCAUGCCUUUAAUGGCUUUCUCUGUGGGGUUCACUCGGUUUGUCAUCUCUAGCCACCCUGAGACUGCUAAAGAAAUCCUCAAUAGCUCUGCUUUUGCUGAUAGGCCUGUGAAAGAGUCAGCUUAUGAGUUGCUCUUUCAUAGGGCUAUGGGCUUUGCUCCAUAUGGUGAGUAUUGGAGGAACCUGAGGAGGAUCUCAGCUACCCAUUUGUUUAGUCCGAAAAGGAUUGCUGCGUUUGAGGGUUUUAGAGUUGAAGUAGGUCUUAAAAUGGUGGAGGAGAUUAAGGCUUUGAUGGUUGAGAAUGGUGGUGUCGAGGCUAAAAAGGUGCUUCAUUUUGGGUCUUUGAAUAAUGUGAUGAUGACUGUGUUUGGAAAGUGCUAUGAGUUUAAGGAAAAGGGAGAUGGGUUUGAGCUUGAGAAGUUGGUGAGUGAAGGGUAUGAGUUGCUGGGGAUAUUCAACUGGAGUGACCAUUUUCCUCUCUUGGGCUGGUUGGAUUUGCAAGGUGUGAGGAGGAGGUGCAAGACUUUGGUCUCGAAGGUGAAUGUUUUUGUUAGAAAGAUCAUAGAGGAGCAUAGGACGAAAAGGGCUGAUAAGGAAACUCUUGGGGACUUUGUUGAUGUCCUGCUUGAUUUGGAGAAUGAUGAAAAACUCAGUGACUCUGACAUGAUUGCUGUUCUCUGGGAAAUGAUUUUUAGAGGAACUGAUACAGUGGCUAUACUCUUGGAAUGGAUUCUUGCAAGAAUGGUUUUACACCCAGAAAUCCAGCUGAAGGCUCAGGCUGAAAUAGAAAACAUAGUUGGAAGUUCAAGGGUUGUUUCUGAUUCUGACAUCCCCAACCUGCCUUAUCUGCAAGCCAUUGUCAAGGAGUGUCUCAGGGUUCACCCACCAGGGCCUUUGCUCUCAUGGGCUCGUCUAGCUAUCCAUGAUGUUCAUGUUGGUGACCACUUUGUUCCAGCUGGGACAACAGCCAUGGUUAACAUGUGGGCUAUCACUCAUGAUGAGAAAGUGUGGUCAGAGCCAGAGAUGUUCAAGCCAGAGAGGUUCAUUGAUGAAGAUGUGAGUAUCAUGGGGUCUAAUCUAAAGCUGGCUCCUUUUGGUUCAGGAAGGAGGGUCUGUCCAGGAAAAGCAAUGGGUUUGGCCACUGUGCACCUCUGGUUGGCUAUGUUGCUUCAGAGCUUCAAAUGGGUUCCUUCUGAUGACAAAGUUGAUGUGGACUUGUCUGAGCGCCUUAAGCUGUCUAUGGAAAUGAAGAGUCCAUUGCUCUGCAAGGCUAUUCCUAGGGGUGCUUGACACAUGUUGCUCUGGGGUUGAGUUGUGCUGAAAAAAAAUGUGGGCCUGGUUCUAUUUCCUAAAAUAUAGGGUGCUUUACAAAUUAGGUCUAGGUUUUAGUUGUCAGUUAUCUUCCUCAGCUUUAUAUUAUUAUAUAUAGUACGCCAGGGUUUAUGGGUCUGUGCCAGCUUUGCUUUGUGCUAUGAGAGUGAAGUUACAUGUAACUUCUACAAGCUAUACUUUCUUAAUGGGGACCUUCUUGCAGCUGCAGCAUGUUUGUUUUUUGUUUUUUUUUGGGCUGAUGUGUGUAGAAAUGGACCUAACGGUGGCCCCAGCACAGCAGUACCUAUCGUUUGGCAUUAGCUAUAUAAUAUAGGCUUUAUGUGUGCAUGGCUCUGUAGUCUUCAAGUCUGUACACAGUUUUAAAUGGUUUGAUGUGGAAUGACAAUCUUAGGUAUAUUAAUUGUUCUA